AUGCCUAACAAAAUCCAUUUGAAAAUUUAGAAUUCUCAAAUUUACAAUUAAUUUUGCACCCUGAGUUUUUUUCAUAAUAUAAGUUAUUUGGACAUUGCGGACAUUUAUUAUUUGCUGGUACUCCAUAAAAACAAGAUAAACACUAGUUUUGCUCUGGCCCUAUACAUGCUGAACAUGAGGGGUAGCAUAUUAUUGAACUUUUUCUUGAUGUGAUAAUCAUAUUGAUUGAAACAGAUCCUGCAUUUUUGGUAGACAAACUGAAUUUCAUUUACCCAGAUUAAUAGCUUGGUAUAGUGAAAUUAACUGUCUUUACGUCGGUUUAAAGGGAGUCACAAAACCCUUAUGUAAUUGGGUAUAUAUCAGGGGAAGUAUAUGAAAAUUUAUUUUAAAAGGAUCCAACUUCAAAAACUACUUCAUCAUUAACCCACUUACCUCCAAAGUAUAAAUCAAAAGAUAUGAAAUAUCCACUAUUGAAUGAAUAAGUACUGUAUUAUCUGAUUCCUUUGAAAGAUUGAUUCAAAGUGAUAAAACUACGCUAAGGUUAUUGACAAGUAAUAAAAUUUGCUGUAGUAUAUGA